GUUUAGGUCGUGCGCUGAGCGUGCGCGUUCACGCUGCAGAGCGCGCCAGCCAUUGAAACUAGCCUGGACUUGUGUGCAGAAAGUGGGUAAGAACAGCAUGCGAGUGUGUUUUUGCUGGUGAAAUAACGUUAUUCUGUCCUCAGAACAUGUUUUGGUCCAUAUAGUAUGCGUGCGACUAAAGAAAGAUGAAUUUGUAAACUAAACGACAGUAUAUAAUGAAAACAAACAGCGGCUAAUGACAGGCUAAGCUGGCUAAGGGAAGCAGGCUGUCGUCAAACCAUGGGUAUGUUAGAUUGAGUAAAGAGGAAAGCUAAAUUAACAUUUUAGUGCAUUAUUACUUGUUAAAAGGGCAUCCUUUCCUUAAUCACAGUUGCUUGAACUAUAUGCCACACUUUGGUAUUUUCUAAUAGUUUUGAAGGAGCACGGCCUGUUUGUAAUAGACACAGUAUAACAGAUUUCUUAAUGAACUUUAGCUCAGCAGCCAACUUCACUUAAUGCUUAGAUUUUGUGUCACCAGUCCUCACAUUUAUGCACUUAUUUAACCUAUCUGUGUUGUCAUACAAUACAGAAAAGAAUGAAUCAAAUAUAAACCAGGGAUUAUAAUGCCAUGUCUAAAUGUCAGAUGCUGCAAAUACUAAGCUACUGAAUUUGCCCCCUGUUUUUGUCUUUAUAUCCAGAGCUGACUUCUUUUACAGUCCUAUAAGCUGUACAAAUGGCAGAGUGGAACGCCUACUACAGGAAUGAUGGUGAUGAUGAAGAAGAACAAGAGGAAGGAGAACAAUCUGGAGGUAAGACUAGAGCCUCCUUGUAACAAGAUCACAAGUUAGAAAAAGUGAGUAAAUAUCCAGAAUUUUGAAGUUACACUAGAACAAAUACAGCGCUUCUUUUUCCCUAUCAGGAAGUUACAAGAUCACAGGCAGAGACAGCCUUGUCUUCUUGGUUGACGCCUCUAAGGAAAUGUUUAUCAAAGGAGAAGAUGGACAGCCCUCAAACUUUGACAUGACCAUGCAGGUAUAAUCGUAAAUAUCAGUGUUAGAGGCUUCCCUUAUCAAUAAUUUUGAUUGAUAAAGCUAAUGUGUCAUCGUACUGAAUGUCUUUGUUUUUUCGCAAAGGUUGUGCGCAGUGUAUACUCGAGUAAGAUUAUCAGCAGUCACAGGGACCUGGUGGCUUUGGUUUUUUAUGGCACAGAGGAGAGCAAGAAUCCAAGGAACUCAUUCAAACAUGUCUAUGUGUACCAUGACUUGGAUGAGCCAGGUGAGAUGCUUCUCACAGAGCAUCAAAUAUAGUUCUAAAUCUGCCAAAGUGAAAGCACUGUUAGCCCUUCUGUUUUGUCCUUGCCUCCUGUCUGACUUCUGUCUUUCAUUGUGUACAGGUGCAAAACGAGUGCAGGAAGUUGAUGCUCUGCGGGGGGAUGAAGGUGCCAAGCUGGCAGCAAAGACAAUGGGGAGUGGGGAGACUUCACUGGGCGAUGCCCUGUGGUGCUGCGCCAACCUGUACAGUGACAUCAAGUUGCGCCUCUCACACAAGAGACUCAUGAUCUUCACCUGCAGGGAUGAACCACACAUAGGGGACAGCACCAAGGACCGACAGGCUCGCACCAAGGCUAAUGACCUCAAAGAGACUGGUAUGUCUGCGGCAAAAACAGUGUGUUGUCCUUUAAUGCAGCACAGUUUUUUUAUGAAUACUAAGUUUUUGGAUGUAUAUUCUGUGAUUCAGACCAGUGCUCUGCAUGCAAUAUAAUCUAAGGCGUAAAGUUUCAGCUUUGACUACAUGAAGCCUGUAGGUGAUGGACUUGUUCUUUAUAUUUUCCCUAAUAGGUGUCAUCAUUGAUUUAAUGCACCUAAUGAAACCAGGCGGCUUCGAUGUGGCACCUUUUUUUCGUGACAUUGUAAGUCCACCUGAAGAUGAGAGUGAGUUGGGGCUGCAGCUGGAGCCCUGUAACAAACUGGACGACCUCCAGAAGAGAGUGCGUGCGAAGGAGCUGAGGAAGAGAACCAUGGCCAGGUAGAGAAGAAGUGAAAAGACGCCAUUUUGGGGGGAAAUAGAAGUUUUUAAGCUUUCUGCAGCAUUGUCAUAAGUGACGAUGCUUUGUCAAGUUUCCUCUUUCAUCCUUCUACGUUAGUCUAACACAAAUCCUUCUCCCUCUUCUUUCUCACAUCAUCCUUCCCUUCUCUCUGCCAACGGUAGAUUAAACCUGUGUCUUGGUGAAGGCAUAAAUGUAGCAGUGGGAAUGUAUGCUACUGCUGUGACAGCUAAGAAACCAGUUCCCAUUAGGCUUUACAGAGAAACCAACGAGCCAGUUCGUAGCAAAACCCGCACCUUCCACACUCAGACAGGCAGUCUGCUGCUCCCCAGUGAGAUAAAGAAAUCCCAGGUUAGUACAAACUUAAUAUUAUUUCAUGGUUUGGUUUUAUUUUGUUUACUUACUUACCUUAAAUUAAGGUCUCAUUCCCACUGGAAUAGCCAAAUGUUGCUGAAUAAUGUUGUUGAGUUGCGUCUAUUUUGGUAAAUGGUCAUUUUUAUUCACUAACUUUGCUGGCUUUUUAUGUUGUCGUCUGUUUGUGUGCCUGCUGCAGACGUAUGGCAAAAAGCAGAUAGUGAUGGAGAAAGACGAGGUCGAUUCCAUUAAGAAGUUUGAAGAUCCUGGCCUGCACCUGAUUGGAUUCAAACCCAUGGAGAGGCUCAAACUUCACCACCACAUCCGACCUGCUGUCUUCCUCUAUCCUGAGGAAGAUGAAAUGAAAGGUAGCGGUAUUUGUAUCUGUCUGGCCUCAGCUAAUUAUCUAAGGGAGGAUUUAUUUGACCAGUUUUUAUUGGGGAUAUUUUCUAAAUUAGGUUUAAAAAAUUCUGAUACAUAGUUCUGAAAUGACUUUAUAAAAGUUACUAACAGAUUAAAUUGAUUAAACCUUCAAAUUUAAGCAAAGAAGCAAACACUCCUUUGUUUCAACUUUCUAUACUUUGGCUUUCAGCAGCUUUAAUGGGCGUUUUUCCUCUUUUCCAAAUAUUGAAUAGAUUUUAAAAAAUGAAUCCUGAAAACAGAAGUCAGGUCAGAUGACGUAAUGAUUAAACAAAGUAGCUUUUAUCACACAAAACACUGCCUUUGCAGCUGUACUGUAUUUAUUUAUUUUUAAUAUUAUGGCUAAGGUUUUAGUUUGAAAGUUAAUGUUUACUACCCCUGUACGGCUCUGACUAGGUGAUAACCUAUAGGACCGUGUCUUUCAAAGGUGUCUUUGAGUGCUUGGUGACAAAAUAGGACCUUUUUUGCUAAAGUGUGUCAUAUUCUGUGUUUUUCCUCCUCAGGCAGCUCAUGUCUCGUCUCCGCCUUGUUGACAAAGUGUAGUGAGAGAAAUGUGUUUGCUCUGUGCCGCUGCGUCUCUCGCCGAAACUGCGCUCCUCGAUUUGUGGCCCUGGUUCCUCAAAAUGAGCAGGUUGAUGAGGCAAAAACACAGAUUACACCACCAGGUAAAAUGCUGCUGUAUUUUACUUUUCUGUUAUCAGUUAAAAUUGACAUAAAUGGCUAAUCGACGGUGUCAUACUCAAGCUUGAUGGCAGUUUGUCAUUUGUCUCACUUUCCUAGGUUUCAAUGUCAUCUUCCUGCCGUUUGCCGAUGACAUGCGGACUUUGGAUCCCCCUCAGUGCCCGACAGCUUCAGACACACAGGUGGACAAGAUGAAAGAGAUCGUCUCCAAACUGCGCUUUAAAUACAGGUUCAUGCAUUUGGUCUGUGUGUCAUCAGGGACGGUAUUUUAGAGUGUCUGACUGUGGCUUUGAAGAAAAGGUUGCCUUUUUAAACACUAGCAUAAAAACAGUGUUACUGCAAGUGUUUGAUGUUGUUUAUAUUAAGAUACUGUUUAAAAGGGUUUCUCCUCACUGGUGGGCACACUUAAUUAACAUGAAGUAGACUCAUUCAUAGAAAGGAAUGCUAGAUUUGAAGCUGCUUUCAUGUACUUACUUUCUUUUUGUAACAUCUAAAUGUGUUUUUUCUAUGUUUCUCAUUUAUUCUAGGAGUGGAGCUUUUGAGAACCCGGUCAUCCAACAGCACUACAGGAACCUGGAGGCCUUAGCUCUGGAUAUGAUGGCUCCAGAGGACAUAGAGGACCUUAUCAGUAAGACACAGACAAACAUUGAGAAGUUUAAGUUUAAAUUCUUCUUAUGGCUGGUAUUAUACCCAUGUCCCUCUUCUCACACUGACCAUACUUCCUUUUUGUCUCUGCCGCAGUGCCAAAGGUGGACCAGAUUGAUCGCCGUCUGGGACCUUUGAGUGAUGAGUUCAAAGAUAUGGUCUACCCUCCCGGAUACAACCCUGACGGCAAACCAGCUGCCAAACGCAAAACAGGUCAGAGUUGGAUCAUUUAAAAAAAAGUCAAAAAUUUCUCUACUAGUUGACCUUUUUUGUGUUAGGACGAAACAUGUAUGAAAUGUAUACCCCAGGGUUAGUUGAAGGUGCUGAUCAGUAAUGAUUUCUGUAGAACAUAUGUAUCCACUGAGUCCACCCUGCUUUGCCUUUUAGUAAUUCAAGCAUAUUUUUUGUUCAUGUUUUCUUUACUGCUUAAAUUACAGCUGAGAACGGAGGAGGAGCGGAGAAGAAACCCAAAAUAGAGGUGGGAGUAGAUGAACUGAAGGCCCAUAUGCAGAACGGCACCAUAGGAAAGCUAACCGUGCCUGUACUGAAGGAGGCCUGUAAGCAGUUGGGUAUUCGGACCACCGGGACCAAGAAGCAGGAGCUGAUAGAUGCACUUACUGCCCAGCUGGGGUCAUGAAAAGUUAGAGAUAAGCUUCACUGUGCCUUUAUGAUGAUUAGAUCAGUGUACGGACGAUAGGAUUGAUCAAGAAUCUGUGAAAAUAAACAAGUUCUAGAUAGGAAACAGCAUGUUGCUACUUCUUUUUCAAGAAAGCAUUGUUCAGUGCAGAGGAUCAUUUCUGCAGGUAAUGUCAUCACUCCCAUGUUACUUAAACAGUAAUUGAAAAAAAUAAGACAUUUUAUUGUGGUCAUAUACCCUUUAGAGUGGGAUGGAUGUAUAAAAAAAACAGCUCUUUAUGAAACACUGUAACUUGUGAUUAAUCUUGUUAAUAAUCUUGCUUUUACACUAAUAAAACACAUUUUGCUACCAUGUUUUAA